AUGAUGCUGGUGAAAUUUGUUGGCCUGUUGGACGCUGAUUUCUGUGGACCUAGUGUUGCGGCUAUUUUGUCGAUUGACCACAAGACGGUUCAGGAGCUUCCUCAAGGGUGGGCUCCUGUGCACCCGGAUCACAACAAUAACCUGGCCGUUAUGUCUUUGGCACUUAUGCUGGAAACAAACAUGGAUCCAGUCAUUUGGAGAGGACCGAAAAAAACAUUCAUGAUCUCCCAGCUAUUAUCCAAAGUACUGUGGGGGGACAUUGAAUAUUUGGUCAUCGACACACCACCCGGAACUAGCGAUGAACACAUGGCUGUUCUGAAUGCUAUUAAAGACAUGGAAUCCCGCGGCGCUGUCAUCGUCACAACGCCACAGGCUGUUGCAAUAGCAGAUGUACGGCGGGAGAUCACUUUUUGCCGUAAGACCGGAAUCAACAUGUUGGGCAUAAUCGAGAACAUGAGUGGCUACCUUUGCCCUCACUGCACUGAGUGUAUUAAUAUUUUUUCUUCCGGAGCAGGAACUCAGUUGGCGGAAUAUGCGAAGAUACCCUUUCUAGGUAAAUUGCUGUUCGACGAACGCUUGACCCAGUGUAUGGAUCGUGGCGAAAAUUAUGCAGAGAAGUUUCCUGACUCUGAACUCUGUCAGUCAUUCAACGAAAUUGUCGACAAACUUAUCUCCGCGUUGUAA